AUGACUCCCUCGUCGAGGCCUGAUGGCCACCUCAACCUUAACUAUCUUCCAUCUUCACAGCCCAUGUCUGGCACCUCGACUGGAAGCUCGUCACCCAACGAGCAGCCAGGAUCGAGUUCCAUGAAAUCUUCCUUUGGAGGCUCAAACGGGUUGAAUAACACUGGAGGAUCGCUUGGAAGUGCAAGAAUGGGGGCCGGUUCCCCUUCUCAUGAACUUGGGGCUCGUUUGUACUCUAAGAGAGCUCGAGAAAUCCAGGCCCAAGAAGGUCUUGCUCCAAAUAUCUGGGGUCCCCCAACAAGCGGCAACUCAACCCCUCUUCGUGAAAAUAUACCGGAAUCCCCAAGUCAAGACGAGUUCCCAGACCUAAACCCCGCACCGGAGAGCAAUCUCACAAGUCCCGCUCGUCGAACAAGAGCAGGGACAGUCCCCUCUCGCUUUUCCCCCGUUGGUUCACUCAACGGUGUUAGCACCCAAUCGUCGUUUACCUCGAAAACCUCGAGACCCACGCCAUCAACUAGCCCAUUCCGUCCUCCCGCUGUAUCGGCCCUCGACUCUGCUAAUAGAAGUUCGGCUCCUGGGAGCGGAAAUAGCACAGCUUUGCUUUCACGCCUCCGUGCCGGAUCCAUGCCUCAACGCUCAAGUGUUCUUGGCGGUUCUACUCCAUUUGGUCCUUCGUUAUUUUCCACCAACUGGUCAUCAGGGAGGGAGAGAGCAACCACUCUGACAAGCAUUCGAUCAUCUGAAGGACCAGUCUCACCCGCCCAAUCUUCGUUCUCGAGAGAUGGUCUCGCUGAUGCAGACGUUAGAACCUUAGAUUACCUUGGCCUUGCUGAAACUCCACAGCAGGUCCGGGCACAACUGGCACGCCCAUCCGUUGAUCAGCUCAUCCAACAGCAGCAGCAGCAGCAACAACAACAACAGCAGCAGCAGCAGCAACAUCAACAGCAGCAGCAGCAACAUCAACAGCAGCAGCAACAACAACGGACAUCGUCCCUACCUCCUCUGCUUGCGGACCUGGUAUUGCUGAACAAAAACUCUACCCGUUUCCGCUCUUAUUCUGUGAAUGCCAAGGAGAAAUACGCUGAAGAUGAUGAAGAAGCUUACGGACACCAUUAUUCAAACGUUCCAUCCGGAACCCUGACUCCUUCGGCCGCAGCAACUGCUGCCCAGCUAGCGGCAACCCAGGCACAAAUUCAUCAACACAAUCUUGCUGUACAGGCAUUUGCCAACCAUGCGUCGGCGAAUCGUCCCCGUGCUCGCACUGCCGGUGUCUUGGACACACCUCCUCAGAGGUCGUCGAUCCGCAACUAUCUUGCGACCCCUUCCAGACUUGAUAAUAGCAUCAGCAUUUCAGACUUACGUAUUUCCGAGACAGGAGAGUAUGACGAUAUUCCGGAAGCUGUUCAAAUGAUGCAACUGGGUGGGAUGCAAGGCGUGCGACAGGGUCUUGAGAUUGGUGGUGAAAACAAUCUUGAUGGCCCCACCAGAGCGUUGUGGAUUGGCAGCAUCCCCGUCUCAACCACAGUCACUUCCCUCGAUGCCAUCUUCAAUGUGCAUGGCAAAAUUGAGUCGACCAGGGUUUUGACCCACAAAAGCUGCGGAUUUGUGAACUUUGAACGUGUCGAAAGUGCUAUUCAAGCUAAGUCCCUUCUUAAUGGUAAGGAAAUAUUCCCGGGUGCGGGGCCAGUUCGAAUCGGAUUUGCGAAAGUCCCAGGGAACUCAGGCGCGGCAACUCCUGGUCAAAAUGGUGACCAAUCUUCGCCCACCCCGGACUCAACCAGCAGCCAUGGAGGAAAUAAUUCAUCUGAAGGCCAAGAGCGUGCAUCACAAACGGACAAUGCAAAUAAUGCCACGUCCAAUGUGCCUGUCAUCCCACAACUGUCUGAAUUGCAACCAGAAAUGAGCCGAAUUGUUGCCGAAUUUGAUGCAUCCGAAGAAGAAUGUCAAAGUAUCACGUCCAGUAUUAAACGUGCAGUGGGAUUUGAUUCAUUUGUGGACGAAGUACCUCCCGUUCCCGAACCAAGCCAAAGUCGGGUACAUGAUGCUCCUAGACUUCGAGAUGUUCGAAAACGGAUUGAUAACGGCACUCUUUCGGUGAAUGAAAUUGAGGAGAUUGCAAUUGGCAUGCUCCCUGAGAUCGCAGAAUUGUCUUCCGAUUAUCUCGGCAACACCGUUGUCCAGAAGUUGUUUGAGUAUUGUUCGGAGCCGAUUAAAGAGAAAAUGUUGGUCGAGAUUGCCCCUCAUCUUGCUGAGAUUGGUGUGCACAAGAAUGGUACCUGGGCCGCACAAAAGAUUAUCGACGUGGCCAAAACUACGACACAGAAACAAAUGAUUGUUGAUAGCCUCCAUCCGUACACGGUGCCACUGUUUUUGGAUCAAUAUGGCAAUUAUGUGCUGCAAUGCUGUUUGCGUUUUGGUACUCCCUUCACUGAUUUUAUAUUCGAAUCCAUGCUUAGUAGGAUGUGGGAGAUCGCCCAAGGCCGAUUUGGGGCGCGGGCUAUGCGUGCGUGCUUAGAAAGUCACCAUGCAACAAAGGAUCAACAACGUAUGGUAGCUGCCGCUAUCGCCCUUCACAGCGUUCAGCUGGCAACCAACGCAAAUGGUGCUUUGCUUCUUACAUGGUUCCUCGACACAUGCACGUUUCCUCGUCGACGUACUGUUCUUGCCCCUCUCCUUGUUCCCCAUCUUGUCCACCUUUGCACCCACAAAGUUGCGUAUUUAACUGUCCUCAAAGUUAUCAACCAGAGGAACGAACCAGAGGCCCGAGAAAUUGUACUGAAAGCCCUUUUCUACAGCCCCGGAGAUGAAAUUUUGGAGAAGAUUCUCAGUGACCAGACGUCGGGGGCGACAUUAAUUUUUAAAGUUCUUACAACACCUUUCCUUGAUGAGAGUAUGCGAGGCGAAGUUGUCAAGACCGUUGCUAAAGUUCUCACGAAGUUGAAAACCACAACGAGUCAAGGUUAUAAACGGUUAAUGGAUGAGGUUGGACUAUCGUCCCGGAGCUCAGGAGGCUCUCGGGAUACUUCUCACCACACUAGGGAUAGCCAAAAUGCGCAUAAUGGUAAUGACAAGAAUCAGAACCGCCCGACAUCUAGACAAGCCAGCAAAAACAAUUAUAAUGCCCCACCCCUACCAGAGAGACAGUACAGUGGACAGUUUGCACCAGGGCUCCAACCUCAGCAGUCCUUCGAUUCUCCAACAACAAUGGCACGAUCGAUUUCAUCAGAGCAUAACCUUCCUCCCUAUGAUCUUUAUGCAAUGGGUGGUAUUAACGGUGUUAAUGGGUUAAUGAGCCUGCAACCCCUGAACAACAACCCAACAUUCCCACAAGAAGCUACGAUACCAAUGACCCAACAACAACUCCAAUAUCAAGCAUAUCUGGCAGCCCAGUCCCGCGGUAUAUCCCCAGCUGGAUUUUAUGCUCCUCAAAUGGCUGGAGCAGGUUUCAACGGCUUUGCAGCAGCUCCUGCCGCCACGAUAGACACCUUCCGUGCCAUGCAACCACAUAACUCACCUCUCCGGGGUCCUCCCCCACAAUUAAAUGCGAGUCCAAUGCUGCAUCAGCCUGCCUUCGUGCCACCUCAGUUCAAUCCGGCUGUGAAUAAUGGACAGAUGUAUCCUUCCUACCCACAGCCAUUCUACCAGCAACCCAAUGCCGCUCAGGUGCCACUGCCUGGCGGACGCCGUGGACGUGUAACUUGA